AUGGGUAAUUCAACACACUUUACAACCAUUAUAUUGUCUGGUUACAUUGAAAUAGGAAACAUUAAGUAUUUCUGUUUCACUAUUUUGACCUUAUUGUUUGUUGCAGUCUUAGUUGCAAACCAAUUGCUAAUUGGGGUAAUAUGUAGAGAGAGGUCCUUGCACAAACCUAUGUAUGUUUUUUUGUGCAGUUUGUCUGUGAAUGAACUAUAUGGCAGCAUUGCUGUAUUCCCAUCACUUUUAAGCAAUAUGUUACUGUCCAAGCCCCCAGAAGUUGCACUCACCCUUUGUCAUGUUCAGAUAUUUGCUCUGUACACAUAUGGAUCAGUAGAAUUUUCUAAUUUAGCAGUAAUGUCUUAUGACAGGUAUGUUGCCAUCUGUUACCCUUUGGAAUAUCACAGAAUAAUGUCUCCAACUAGGAUUGUUACAUUGAUCGCACUAGCGUGGUCAAUAUCAAUUAUCAAAUUCUCCCUCACUUUAUCUGUGAAUGUACAGCUCCAGCUGUGUGGAAAUGUACUGGACAAAGUAUAUUGUGACAAUUAUAUGCUUGUGAAACUUUCAUGCUCAGAAACAACAGCAAACAGCAUCGCUGGCAUAAUCGGUACCACGUUAACCAUUGUUGCUCCUUUGGGUUUAAUUUUGUUCUCAUAUACAAAGAUUUUAAGAGUUUGCUUAAAGUCCACAAGAGAAACUACACAAAAAGCUGUAAGCACAUGUGCUCCACACUUUGUCUCAUUACUAAAUUUUUCUGUUGGAUGUUCAUUUGAGAUUAUCCAAAGCAGGUUUGAUAAGGUGCCCAUGCCUCCUAUACUACGUGUAAUUCUCUCAACAUAUUUCCUAAUUUGUCCACCACUUGUCAAUCCUAUCAUGUAUGGUAUGAGACUUUCUAAGAUAAAAAGGGCAAUCAAAAAUGUCAUCCCCGGCCGC